AUGCAAGAAUUUCUAAGAAAUAUUGCCUCUCUUUCUCCCCUCUCUCUCUCUUUCUCCCCUCUCUCUCUCUUUUUCAGUUGCCUCUGGGGUAUUAUAGAAGAAAUUCCUAUCUAUCUAUCUAUCUAUCUAUCUAUCUAUCUAUCUAUCUAUCUAUCUCAGUCUUUUCAAAUCUAUCUAGUCAGCUCCUAUGUAUCACGCUGUGCCCAUACUAAUCUAUCUAUCUAUCUAUCUAUCUAUCUAUCUAUCUAUCUAUCUAUCUAUCUAUCUAUCUCAAUAUCUUCAUAUCAAACUAUAUCAGUCUCUUCAUAUCUAAGUCUUUUCAUAUCUAUCUAUCUAGCAGCUAGUUAUCUAUCUACCUAUCAAUCUAUCAGCCUGACUCUUUAUAUCUAUCUCAGUCUCUUUAUAUCUAUCUAUCUAUCUAUCUAUCUAUCUAUCUAUCUAUCCCCUACAAAACUUAAGAUGAAAACGUUAGCUGAGCUAGCUAAGCCUCUUCAUAUCUAUCUAUCUAUUUUUUUUAUUUUUAUCUAUACAUCUAUCUAUUUAUCUAUCUCAGUGUCUUCAUAUCUAUCUAUCUAUUUAUCUUUCUGUCUGUCUGUCAAUCUAUCUCAGUACUUGAUAUCGGUAACAGAACCGAAGAAAUGA